GCGUUUAAAAUAUUCUACGAUCGAAAAAGUGCCAAGUUUUCUGUCGCACGUAUUUUCUCGCCACUGGUAUACACAAACGUCUUUUGUUUUCACGGUGAUUCGUACACGUGACAGUCGCAUUAGCGAAGAAGUUCGAGAGCAAGAGAAGUAGCGUGCUUAUUCUAUGCGAGAGGAGACAUUCGUCGAUCGUUCGAGUUGUUCGAUAUCGCGGGAUCCGGCUCGCAUUCUCGUUAGUCUCCUCGCAAGUUAAGAGAAUCGGACCAGGUGUGCUUCCAAUGUAAAUCCAACAAGCAAUAUAUAUUACCAGAGUGGAAGUUUUUGUGUUCUCGAAGUUUACGUACCGCGGUUUUUCUAUUUCUCGCCGGGUUUUGCGCAACAACGCGCACGUCGUCCUGAUCUCGAAAGGGAAGAACGCUAACCACGUCUGGAUCGCAAGAAGUUACAUCUAGCUCAAGUGUUUUUUGUGUGAAAUUCAGGAAACAUGUCGACUGCCGUCAUGAGCACACCAAUGUUCGAGUGUAGCGAGCAUCUUUUUAAGAAUGCAGCUACGGCAAAGACAAAGGAGCCAACCUCCUCGGCAUCAGUAACGAACAACUCCAGUAAUAACGGCACGUCCGGCACUAAUGGCGGCCAUGCACCCCUUCGUCGCAGCUACACCUCCCUGGUAACCACCUUGAUCGAGCAGCAUCGUAAAUUGGACCGUAGCGCGAGCGAGCCAACCUCUCGCUAUAAAACCGAGCUGUGUCGACCUUUCGAGGAAAGCGGCACUUGCAAAUACGGCGACAAGUGUCAGUUCGCUCACGGCUAUAGUGAAUUGCGAAAUCUUGCCCGCCAUCCGAAAUACAAAACUGAGCUAUGCCGUACGUUCCACACGAUAGGCUUCUGUCCAUACGGGCCGCGUUGCCAUUUCAUUCACAACUUCGAGGAGGCGAGGAUUCACAAUCAAAAAGUGAGCGCGCAAUUGGGGUCUACGCAACCGAAUAUCAUGGGACUGAAUCCCCUGCUAAGCGCAGCGGCGGCUGCGGCCGCGGCUGCAGCCGCGGGUGGAAAUGCUUGCAAUGGUUCCAGUGUCAAUCAAACCGUGAACAGCGUUAGCCUUCUCGAGCAAAUUGUAGCCCCGCCACAAGUUGCAGCGGCGGCGGCGGCAGCAGCAGCAGCAGCUGCAGCGACUCCAAGCCUCAUGAGAGCCAACUCGUUAAGCCUAUGCAGCAGCACCAACACAUACAACCCACCGCCGCUGCUCAGAACGAAUUCCUUGAGCUUGACUACCACCCAGCAUCACCACCAUCACCACCACCACCAUCAUCAUCAGACUGGUUCCACGGGUGUCAGCUCGGUUAUCGGCGCCACCAGGCCGAAGCCGUUGAAUCUGAGCCCGACCUUCUCUCUCGGCAGCACGGGAGAAUCCAUCUCGCCGUCGUCGAGCCUCAGCCAAUCGCCGACGAACUCGAUGGCCAGUUUCUUCAGCGACGAUUGCAGUCAACAACCGUCAGUUAGCCAGGCCACCACGGCGUUCAGUUUCGGCCAAGAUUUCGGACUGCUCGCGACAAGACAGAGCCCUAGUCCGCGAACGAAUAGCGUUUGCAGUCCCCUGGGCUCGGACGAACUAACGCCACGAACACCGUCACCGUUGUCGCCGAACGCAGAGUCCAGAUUGCCCGUUUUCAACAGGAUCAGUAACACUCUUAACGAUUUUGAAAAUCUGAAGAUCUAAGUUGCUUUUACAAGCCUCUUGGACUCUUUGGUAUAUUUUUCAAAUUUUUUUUUCUCUCGAAUAUUGAUGGCUCACGAAACACGUUCAAAGGAAAGAGAAGACAAAGAGCAUUGGACCUGAAAUAUGCUAAUUUAUUUACCGAAAAGACAGGAGAAUAUGAGGGAGAGAGGACGGGCUCUCACACAGACUUGAGGAAGAAGUUUCUUUAAUUUUCUUUUGUUUUUUAAAUCGUUUG